AUGUUAUUAACUGUUGCUUUAAUAGAAAAUAAAAAUGCCCAAGUAAAACACGAACAACAAUUGCUAAAAAUUAUAAAAAGUAUCGUUAUAGUCGUGAAUUCGCAGGAUCAACAACCGCGAGACAGAAAAAUACGCAAAAAUUAUGGAAAAUCGAGUAAUAGAUAGAAUAUGAAAGACAAGCAUUUAUGGAAGGUGAAAUUAGCCAAACAUUUGAUUAACGAUUUGAAAAAUUACGGUCCAGCAAAUUUAAUUUAUAUAAACGCGCUAAGUGUUAUAAUAGGAAAACCUAUUCGAGUAUGGCGAUCGAAAGGUUGCCUGUAUCAAACAAUAAAUAAUCGAACAGACAAAAGUUCUGAUGAAAAUUCUAUCGAUAUUGAAUAUCACGAACAAACAUCAAAUCUUAUAGGACACUGGACGUUAUUAAGCGACAAAGAUCCUAUUAAUGUUGAACUCGAUUUAAAUUCGUGUUUAUUCACAGCGAUUGCUAUUCAAAUUGGAAUAGGUACCAACCAUCUAAGAGCAAACACCAUUGAUUUUCUAAUGAAUAAUACCGAAUAUUUAAUUGAUCAAAUUGAUAAAUUGAUAUUCUCAAAUAAUAAUAGUAAUAAAACAUCGCUAAUGAUCGGUGGCGCUCGAUAUAUUGGUACUUCACCUAGAGCAGCGGGUAUCAUUCUUGAUAACUCGCAAAAUGUUUUAUGUCACGCAUGUAGCGAGUAUGGGCAUCCAAGAGGACAUGCAUUCUGUAGAGAUGCUACGAAUCCGAUGGACAACGUCCAGAAUUAUUCGCGAAUAACGAAAAGUAGAAAAUCGGGUUUUUUAUCCAGAGUCGAUCAAAAUAAUAUUGCCCAUCUCGCUUUAAGUCACGAGAAAGCACAACGAGCAAUGGCAAAAUUAAAUAAUGGCACGAUAUCUCAAUCGAUAUUAUUCUCACGACGAGAUUUACGAAAUAACGAUCAUGUAUUGCCAAAAAUGAUAAUAUACUAUAAUGGUGAAAUAUGUUCUGGGCAACUAGAUAUCAUUCGAGUAACGUUAGUAUUGCGACACCAUCUUGGUGAAUAUAACAAUCCAGAGGCAGACGUUUUCGUACAUACAUUUUAUCCAAGAAGUUCUUAA